AUGGCCGGGCCCCUGCGCGCGCCGCUGCCCGCCCUGCGCGCCCUGGCGCUGGCCCUGGCGCUGGCGCUGGCCGUCCGCGGAGGCGCGCUGGCCGCCGGGCCCGCGCAGUCGCCGCGCCUGGUGGGCGGCCCGCUGGAGGCGGACGGCGACGCCGAGGACGUGCGGCGCAUGCUGGACUUCGCCGUGCGCGAGUACAACCAGAUGAGCAACGACCGCUUCCUGCACCGGCCCGUGGCGCUCGUCCGGGCCCGCAAGCAGGUUGUAUCUGGAAUGAAUUACUUUUUGGAGGUGGAGAUCGGUCGAACCAAGUGUACCAAGUCUCAGGCCCUCUCAUCCGGCUGGUCCAACUGUCCCUUUCAUGACAGUCCUGGCCUGAAGAAGAAAACACUCUGCCUUUUCCAGGUUUACACUGUGCCUUGGCUGAACACAACGUCCCUGGUGAAGUCUAACUGCCACAACGCAUAGAGGGCCUUUUAUUCCACUCCGUCCUCUGAGUUUAUGUACAAGCCUUAGAUGGAUUACUCCCCGGGUGGAAGCCCCCUCACAAUGCUAUCCCAGAAGGCCAGAGAAAACCUCUGCAGCACUUUUUGAGCAACUUAGUAACUCUAACUUUGAGUUUCCUUUUAUUGCUUUCCAGAUGCCUAAGUGCUCAUGCUUUGCACUCAAUAAAAAGUAACAUUGGUUCUUC